CCCAACAGCCUUUCCAACUCCCCACAUCGCAUUGCCAUUCGAAUCUAUGUAUCUUCUUAUGCUAAGAUUUUCAUUUUCAUUUUCACAGCAGAAUUCAAAGCCCCCAGACACCGUUCGAAAGUAAGACAAAGUCAAAACACCAAAAAAUAUUGAAAACUUUGAAACAAAAUUGGUAAAAAGAGGCUAAGGAAUAUCUAUGCUCCGUUCGCUAUCCUUUCGGCUUGCAUUUAAAUUAGAAGUUCGUCAUUAACCGGGUCCAGACAUGCCACCGUCUCGAUCCUCAGUCCCCAUCCAAGGUCACACCCACUUCCAGUCGCCUCCCAGGCCCGUGAUGGACGGACGGAAGUUGCAGAAUAUCUGGACGAUGCGACCGCUGGAAGGCACUGGCGGCGCCUUGAAGGCUUUGGCCAAGAAUGUGGCCCAGCACAUGAAUCUCAACCGGAGCACCCUGAAACGGGUGGUGGCCCAGGUGGUGGCUGAGCAUCACAAUCUGGGCCAGGUGGAUGACUACAAGGGCCACAUGUACUUUGCCAAGCCGGAGCGUCUCAAUUUUUUGAACCUUCUGGCCCAGUCCAAGGAGGCACUCGAUGACCUGCUGCUCUUGGAUCCGCGACUGGCCAAGAAGUUUCAGCGCAGGGAUCACCUGAAGAAGCUACUGAAGCCGCCGAGGGUAAGCUCCCUAUUCAAGAUCAAAGACAGGUCCAGAUCCGGGUCCUUGUCCAAGUCCAAAUCCAGGCUAGUGGUUUCCGCAAAGCUGCCAGCUCCAGCGAUCGCUCAUCAGCCUGGCAAAGGCAGCUCCUCCCUCAAGCUGGUCAAGAAGUCCGCCUGCAAGCCUGUCCAGGCUUUGAAGAAGGCCUCACCGAAGAGCCAGCAGCAGGUGGGAAAGGAGGCGAUACUGGAGCAGCGAACGGUAUCGGGUUCCCUCUUCCGUUCCCGCUCCGGCUCUCCCAGAAGAUCCCCUCAAACCCAGUUAACCAGCACCAAUCAUCAGCGCCUGCCGGCGGGUUCAACUAGAAGAACAGCUGGCAGCUCCAAGAAGCCAAAGGCGGCUGCCAUCUUGCCCCAGAUCAAGUCCAAGUCCAAGGUGAAGACCGUAGGCAAAGACAAGAUGCCAGCAAAAACCAAGACAAACAAAACAAAAACCAAGUCCUCCAAUCAGGCUGAAAGGGAUGCAGUUUCGGUUACAGAACCAGAACCCCCGGAAAGCCAUUUGAGGACCAAAUCAAAAUCCCAUUCCCGCUCCCGUUCCCGCUCCCGCUCUCGUUCCCACUGCCGCCUGCCGUCGGCCUCACCCUCACCCUCCUCGGUGACGGCCACCACUGGGAAAUCGCGCCGAUCUCCCAGGCGGCAGCAGGACAAGGGUGUAACAGCCAAGGCCUUGACCAAGGCUUUAACCAAGGCUUUGGUCAAGCCCUGUCCACAAAACAAAAUCCGAACCAAGGCCAAGCCGCGGGAAAAGACAAGGCAGCCGCCGCCGGCAUUGCCGCCAUACCGAAACUAUGACAAACCCUGGCUGGUGUCCAGGGCCAAGCGACGACGCCUGGUGGCCGGCAGCCUGGAGCAGCAACAGCAGAUCAACAAGUCGGAGUCGGUGGUGAUGCGGAAGCCCCGCUCUCAUGUGGGCCGUCAAAUGCGCAACGUGAACUUUCCCUGGUAUACGCCCUAUCAGUUCCAAGGAGGAGCCGGUGCCACCCAGCAGCCCAGUCCACGCAGCUCCUCGGUUCCACUGAUGGCCAGACUUGGCCCAAAUCUCACGUGUCGCCAGCGACACCAUCGCAUGUUGGCGGAACGUAAGAAGCGGGAUAUAAAGCGCGAGGAGCCCAUCGAUAACAUGCUGAGCUAUGGCUCUGGUUUGUUUCGUCGCCAUCGGGGUGAAUGGAUGCCGGCCAGGAAGUCGUCCUCCAGGGAGAUGCAGAAAGCCACCAGAAUCACUAGAUCUUCUUCGCUGCAAAGACCAAGGGAGGUCAGGCGGGAGAGGUCCUCAACCAAGGUGGAGAAGCCACAGAAGCCACAAAAGCCACAGAAGCCAGUGAAACCAGUGAAGCCAUCGCCCGAGGUGGCCGACCAGCUGCCACCGCCACCACCCUCGGCCGUCAGCUCCGAUGAUCGGGUUCGUCCCCAUCGCAAGGCACGUGACCAUAAGCAGAAGCAGCAGCAGCAGCACCUGGACAGCAGCCUGGGCAGCUAUGCUGAUCUCUUCCAGCCAUCGGACUCCAAGGAGGCCCUGAAGCGGGCCAAGCGUCGUCUGAGCAUUGCCUUCAAGCAGACCAAGGGCAGUGCCCGUCGUCAUCGUCCGGUGAAUCCUGUCUGGAAGUAGGACCACAUGGAGCUUGCUGGCACAGGAGACGGAUCCCCCUCCUGGAACCUUCUCCAAUUUUACUAUCUUUUGUCCAGUUUGUUAAUUGAAGCUUAAUAAAUUCCAAACUUGGGACAAUGA